AUGUUUCAACAACAACUUAAAGGAUUGUUGACAAGUAGUUUAUAUUCUAAUAUUUUAGAUAACCCAAUAAAAUAUUCAUCAAGAACAUUAUUUACGUUAACAACUAAUCAAAGAUCUUUAAAUCCAAGAUUCAAUAAUCCAUCAUUUUUUUUAUCAUCCAGAUACUUAUCAGAUAGUUUGAAAAAAUCUUUAGACGAGACUGUAAAGAACAAUGAUGUUGUGUUGUUUAUGAAAGGCACACCUA